AUGGUGAGCGGGAAUUUCCGCUUCAAGGGCUGCGCCCAGUGGCGCCGCCCGCCGCACCUCUUCCCAAGGUUAACCGGACAUGAACGGCAGAUGAACGGGCGCUUCCGCGCGCGGCCGAUCCACGCGCCGCCGGCCGCGUCCGCGCAGAUCGACAUCCAGACGGUCGGCCACCGCCGGCACUAUGGCGAGCGCCAUGCCAUGCCGCGCCGCGCGGUCGUCCGCAGCCUUUACCGGCGCGGCUAUCGCGACGUGCACCGGGUCCACUUCCGCAACGGCUAUUGGCGCGCCCGUGCGCUCGGCCGCCGCGGCGUGGUCGCCCUGAAGAUCGACCCGCGCAACGGCCACAUCGUUCGCCGCCGGCUGCUUCAGCCCGUCUAUCACGCGCCAGCCCGGCGCCUCCGGAUUUUCUUUGACCUUGUCCGGACCGGACCAUAUCAGGGGCGCAUCGCCAAUCUGCAGCCAAACCCGCGGUCGGAUGUGAACGUACUGGUCCCCUUCGAUGGCAAUCCCUGCCCCGAACCCUACCGGCAGGGUUUUACGCGCACCGAUGACGGCUUCGACCUGCGCUUUGCCGUCUUUCGCACGGACAUCGCGCCAUGCAAGGGCACGAUCGUGCUGCUGCACGGGCGCAAUGAAUGCAUCGAGAAAUAUGCCGAGACGAUCGCCGGCCUUGUCGGCCGGGGCUUCGACGUGGGCACUUUCGACUGGCGCGGCCAAGGCCGUUCGACGCGCUUCUUCCGCGAUGCCAGGCGCGGCUAUGUCGACGAUUUCUCGCAAUACGCGACCGAUCUCGACCAGGUGUUCUCGACCGCGAUCCUGCCCGAGACGCGCCCGCCCUUCUUCACGCUCGCCCAUUCGAUGGGCGCGCUGAUCGCGCUGCUGACGGCGCCGAUGAUGGCCAACCGCAUCGAGCGCAUGGUCAUGUCCGCGCCCUUUCUGGGCCUGUCCGAGGAAGGCCCGCCGCCCGGCUUUCUGUCGGUCGCGGCCGGUGCGAUGUGCUAUUGCGGCCUCGGCCGCACCUAUAUCGGCGCCGGCCCGCGCGGCAUCACGGCGCUGCGGCUGGAGACCAACAAGCUGACCAGCGACGCGGCGCGCUUUGCGCGCAACAAGGCCAUUCUCGACCCCGACAGGGGGCUGGGUCUCGGCGCGAUCACCGCCGGGUGGCUGCGCGCGGCGGCAAGGGCGAUUGCCGCCGUACACGACCCGGCCCACAUGGCGUCCAUCCGCAUACCGGUGCUGCUGGUGGCCGCCGGCGCCGAACGCGUCGUUUCGUCGACCGCCGCCGAAGCCUAUGCGCGCCGCAUCCGCGCCGGAUCGCUGAUCACCAUCGCCGGCGCCCGCCACGAACUCAUGCAGGAGGCGGACCGCUACCGCGACCAGUUCUUCGCCGCCUUCGACGCGUUCGUCCCCGGCGGCGGCGCCUGA